CUGUAUAAAUAAGAGAGGGAGCUGCAGGGUAGUCCUGGUGAAGACAGCAGGAUUCUUGGAAGCUGCUUGAUGCUUCAUCCCUGAAGGUGCGGAGUAAUUCAGAUUCAACAGCAAAUACUCAUGGUGGCCUGGUAGAAGAGUGAGAGCUCAUGUUCACCUGUUUCCAGGUAAAAGGAGGCUUAGAGGUGGAUGCCACUUUCUGGGAUUUUCAUACAAGAACAUGAAGACCACAUUCUACCUAAGUUUGCUACUGGCCGGGUUCCAGGUGGUCRCCCAUGGUCAGCUCACACCCACUGACCACAAUGGACACGAUCCAAAUGAACAUAAACACCACAUGCACCACGGAGGUGAAGCGAUUGCCUGCCUCAAACUYGUGCCAAACAAUGCUGACUUUGCAUUCCAGUUUUUCAGGGAGGUUGCACAGGAGGCACCUAAUAAGAACAUUUUCUUGUCUCCUGUGAGCAUCUCCGUUGCCUUAGCGAUGCUGGCCCUUGGGGCUAGGUCAGCCACACGGUCUCAGAUCCUGGAAGGACUUGCCUUCAACCUUACAGAGAUUCAGGAGAAGGAGAUACAUGAAGGCUUCCACAACCUAAUCCACAUGCUGAGCCAUCCUGAGGGCGGUGUCCAGCUCAACAUGGGGAAUGCCAUCUUUGUAACUGAGAAGCUGAAACUUCUAAAAAUGUUUUUAGAUGAUGCCACGGCUCUGUAUCAGCUGGAGGCUUUCACCACUGAUUUUAACAAUCCCACAGAAGCUGAAAAGCAGGUCAAUGAUUAUAUAGAGAGGAAAACACAUGGGAAAAUUACUAAUUUGGUCCAGGACAUGGACCCACAAACUGCAAUGCUUCUGGCUAGCUUUGUUUUCUUUAACGGCAGCUGGGAAARGCCUUUUAAACCAGAGGAUACUGAAGAAAGGGAGUUCUUUGUGGAUGCUGAGACUACUGUGAAAGUCCCUAUGAUGUACCAGAUGGGAGUAUUUGACUUCUAUUUUGAUGAGGAGCUGUCAUGCACUGUGGUACGGCUGCAUUAUAAUGGGAGYGCUACUGCAUUUCUGGUUCUGCCAGCAAAAGGGAAAAUGAAGCAGUUAGAGCAAACUCUGGACAAGGAAACCAUCCAGAAAUGGUCAGACAAUCUCUUCCAGAGCUUUAUGAGACUCUACUUCCCCAAAUUUUCUAUUUCUGGGAGCUAUGAAAUAAGUAACACCCUUAGCAAGAUGGGAAUCGUGGAUGUGUUCACCAACCAGGCAGAUCUCUCUGGCAUUGCUGGCACUCCAGAGCUGAAGGUUUCUAAAGUUGUUCACAAGGCUUGUCUGGAUGUUGAUGAGAGAGGUACUGAGGCAGCAGCAGCAACUGCUGUUCAUAUAAUGCCAGUGGCUCUUCCUCCAACCAUUGAAUUCAGCCAUCCCUUCCUCAUGCUGAUUUUUGAUAGAGAUACAAACAGCACACUCUUCAUAGGAAAAAUAGUUAACCCGUCUAUCACUAGCUGAAGUGACAUAUGAAUUUUGUUUGCCACUACUAAUUAAAGAUGUGAAAAUGCAUGACA